AUGGGGGCUAGAGUUCUUAUCCCGAUCACCGUGGCCGUGGCCAUCCCCGGGAAGGUGCUCGGCGCCAGUCACAUGGUGGGCGCGCCGGCCGGAUCAUGGGACCUGCAGACCAACUACACCAUGUGGGCUUCGAGAACCAGCGUGCCAGGGCAUUGCAUCGCCGGUAUGAAGGUUCAAGUCAACGUGAAGUCGAAGGCAGUGCAGACAGUACAACGGUGCCGAGGGACGGGGAAGCGACUCCGGUGCCGGUACGAGACUGUAUUAAGCUCGGCCACGGCGGCUGGUAUUGAUCAGUCUGCGGUGGUGCGGCUAGGUCUGGCCAUUGUCGCGGCUGGUCUCUUAUUGUUCUUUUAUUGA